GCAUCAGCCGUCGUCGUCGUUAUACUUUCUUGCGGUCGACUCUUUCUCUCAUCACCAGCUUCCGCCUCUUCGCCCACGGUCCUCCAUCCUCUACUUCUGUUCUUAUCUGCAGCGAUCUGCUCCUGCUCAGCGUAUUCAGCGAGUCGCCAUCAACAAACUCGCAAUUUUUUAGCUCCUCCGAACCCCCGAGCCGGACCCUAUAAACUCACGCCUGAUCAAUUCACUCAUGGCCCAACCACCGUCGCAACCUCGUGCCUACGCUCAAGCAUACAUCCCGAACGGUGCGCCGCAGCCUAGCGGCCCUGUCCCAGGAGCCCGUCCGCUUGAUCCAAAUCAAGGUCGCGUGCAGCAAAUCGGCCAUGCCAGAGUCCUUUGCAUUGCCGAUGUCCGAGGUAAUCUGCGACAACUGAACGAGCUGGCGCAUAGCGCGAAGGCAGACUACAUCAUCCACACCGGCGAUUUCGGAUUCUACGACGACUCGUCACUCGAACGCAUUGCCGAGAAGACCUUGAAGCACGUCGCUCAGUAUUCGCCUCUUCUCAGCGAGCAGGUCAAGGCCGACAUUACGCGCGCUGGCGCCACACAACCCGUCAAGGAACGUUUCCAGCGAGAUCGCCUUCCCCUUUCUGAGCUGCCGCAAUUCCUGAACAAGACAUUCAAGCUCGAUGUGCCAGUGUUUACAGUCUGGGGCGCAUGUGAAGAUGUGUCCGUCUUGGAAAAGCUGCGCUCACAGGAAUACAAGAUUGAGAACCUCCACGUGAUUGACGAAUCACAAUCCAGAUUGCUGGAUGUCGGAGGUGUCAAGCUCCGUCUGCUUGGUCUCGGAGGCGCUGUGGUCAUGCACAAACUGUUCGACAAUGGCGAGGGACGGACUACGAUCGCUGGUGGACAGGGCACAAUGUGGACAACUCUUUUGCAAAUCGGCGAGCUUAUCGACACUGCCAAUCGAGUGUAUGACCCGACCGAAACGCGCGUGCUCGUCACACACGCAUCCCCCGCACGUGAGGGUCUACUCAAUCAGCUCUCGGUUACUCUGAAAGCCGACUUCUCCAUUUCCGCUGGCCUUCACUUCCGCUACGGCAGCUCUUACAAUGAGUUCUCGGUCAACCCUUCGCUUGACCACUACCGCGGCAAACUUUCGGCGUCAAAGGCUUCGUUCCACGACGUGUGGGAGACCGUGAAGCAAGAGGUAGAACCUGCGGUCUCUGAGAACGACACUCAGAGCAAGCUUUUGCAGCUCGCGCUUGACUUGGUGAGCAAGAUGCCUUCGGUGGCCAACGGCGGCAACCCAUUCGGUGGUGCCCAGCAGCAGAACGGAUCUGUGGACGAAUCUGCCUUUAAGAACAUGUGGAACUUCAACUUGGCAGACGCCGCAUUCGGUUGGCUGGUACUUGACGUCGAUCAAGGACGUAUCGGCACAGAGAUGCGCGCACAGGGCUUCAACUUCUCUCACCGUGGAGGAAAGGCCCCCAGGACACAGGGUGCUCCUGCGGCUCCAAUCAAUUCUACCAUGGCACCAACCGGUGGAAACCUCCCCACUCCAGUUCCGAACGCAGCCCAACAACGCCCACCACCGCCAUCACAGGGCUCGACUCCUGCGCCUACAGGCGCGCAAUCAGCAGCUCCUCAGGCGACUCAGCAGCGUGCCAACCAGACGAACUCGCAACAAGCAUCGCAGUCCAAGGGUCCUCAACAAGCUGCGACACCGCAAAAGACGGGCUCAACUCCGCAACCCGCAGGUGCCAGCGGUAAAGACGCCAAUGGUGCGGCUGCUGCGGACGCCAACAAACCAGAUGCUCCUAACCAGAACAGAUUGAAUGGUGCACAGCAGUCGCUACCGCCUCAAGAGCCCUCGAAGAGUAUCUUUGUCAGCUUCAUUCCCAGCUCUGCCGCUGCCAACACCGUAGACGACGUGAAGUCUCAGCUCUUCACUACAGAAGACGCAGAGAAGGUCCAAUCCGUGGAGAAGACCGGCAACGGCAAGUGGGUCGCCCACUUUGCCACUCCUGAAAUUGUACUGGACGUCCUGAAGCGUAACCCGUCCAAGGAAGUCAAGGACAAAUUCGCAGGUGUGAAGAUGGCUGUCUUCCGACGCGGCGGCUUCGCUGACCGCGGUGGCUUCAACAACCGAGGAGGACAGAGCCAGCGAGGUGGAGGCGAAGGACGAGGCGGUUACCAAUCGACUGGUGGCACCGGGAGCGACAGCGAAGGUGGUCGCGGCGGUCGUGGCCGUGGCCGAGGUGGCUUCCGCGGCGAGCGCGGCGCCGGUCGUGGCCGUGGAGGUCGCGGCGGUGACCGUGGUGGAGCGGGAUCAUCUGGCCCGGCUGCAGGCGACUCUUAGCGAGAGCCGCGUGUCCAGCCGAGAAUGUCUGGGAUGUGGUGAUUACAGGUUUUUGUUCGGUGUCCGGCGAAUCGGUCAGGGCGUGAGCGGUCUGCUCAUGCACGUCCGAAGCUGCGUCUCCAUUUGCGUACUAUACCAGCCAUUCGCAAAGCUUAGAGAUUGCAGGCACUUGUAAUUCGUAGCUGCUGCCUCUGCUUCUUGCUGUCUUCUAUGUACUUUAUUGCAAUAUGCGAAAAGCAGAAAUCCAU